AUGAAUCAGAGUGAAAAUUCUCAGCAGCCCCAACUAGCCUCCAACUCGAAAGCUUUAAUUCCGAAGAUCAAGACACUUUUGGGAGCAAAGGACGAUACAUCCCGUUUUGUUGGGCUUGCGUUGCUCAAGUCGGUCCUUGACAAUACUCCAGAACUACGAAAUAACGAGGAAUCCGUUGCAGCUCUUUGGGAUGGCAUAUCACCCAAGUUUCUGGAUAGGUUGAUCCGGACGGGGUCUAAGCAGUUGCAGAAGCAACAACAGACUGAGGAGUUAUCGGAAAAUGGACAGAAGAAAAAUACCAGCGAUAUGCUGGACUUGGCUGUGUCCGUACUGCAUACCUUCGUGAGUCUGUUGCCGGACUAUGCAAAGCGCGAUGACAAGAUGGUCAACAGGAUACCCCAUCUUGUCUCUUCGUUGUUGUAUUGCUCUAAGGAGACUUCGAAACUCGCUCUAGAGACACUGGUCAGUCUCGUGAGCCGUCCCCAAGGCGCUGAGGUCUUCGUGAAGGUCGAGGACAUCUCCCCCCUAAUUGAGAUGGCCCCAUCAGAGCCUCUGGUCUUGGACGUCCUGUUGUAUGCAUGGCUGAAUGCUGUCGCCACAGUGCAAGACAAGUACAGCUUGCAAACCAAGAUUGACAACACAAUCGGAAGUCUGGUUUCAUCCUUCAAGGGCACUGAUGCAGUAACCCUACUAAACUUCCUAGCUAACCUCCUCCCAAAGCUAGAUCCAACUAUCCUUCCUCACGAUCCCAAAUGGCUUCCAGCCAUCAGCAAGUUCAUCCGUCAGCUUGUCGCCAGCCGUCCCACCUCAGCUGGCCGCACAGCCUUCACCAACCUCUCCGCCGCCCUCCUUGAAGCCUACCACUCACAAGCCCCUCGUCUCCUCUUUGCCGAAAAGGGCGAGACCAAAUCCUCCGACAAUCCCUUCUCCUACCUUCUCAUCAACCUCCUUCUUGUCGACCUCCGAGCUACCCUUCCUACCCUCCUCGAAACCCUCAACAGUCCCGAGUACUCCGAGACUUCCCGCCGUUUGGCCUCCGCUUUCAACGUCGUCUCCCAUUUCAUCGGUUACCUCGUGCGUUACCUUGACUCCGACCUCGACGACUCCUCAUCCUCCGCCACCCAGUGGGUUAUCUCCCCUGACCUUCUUCUCAAGCUGCGCAAAGCCAUUUCCGAGACCAUGUCCCUCACCACCGAGUACCUCCGUGACCGUUGGGACGCCGCCGUGUCUGGCGCCUUAGGCCUGCACCCAGACGCCCGCACAACCAAGGUCCACAGCGACUUUGGCGCGCGACACACCGUCGCCUGGGACUCGGCAUCCGACAACGCCCCCGAGGACGCUCUCAUCCUUGCCGCAGUGCGUGCCCUCGCCAUCUGGCUGCGGGAAGAUGAUAACGAUACCCUCCGUAAGGAGGCAACUGGUCUAGCAGAUAUGCUCCUCGACUUGUACCGCGUCGGCGGCCGGGGAAAGCUCGACUUCCGUCGCGCAGUGCUAGUCGCUUUUGAGGGUAUCAUCGUGUCUAAGCACGGGAUCAGCGCGUUCUUAGAACACGGUGGCUGGGAAGCUCUCGCGACAGAUCUCCUCUCCAUUCUAGAGCAGAGCUCAACAGUCAGCGACGAAAACGAAGCUGCCCGCGGCGUGGAGAUCGUGCGUGUGCUGCUGCAGGUCGCAGAGGCUGAGAGACCUGGGCCGAGGGAGGCUUGGAUGGAUGUGGUGACGAGAGUUGCAGCGUGGUGGGUGCCGGAUGAGAAGCAGCCAUCAAUUGUGGAGGAGUGCCAAGUUGCUGUGCUGCAGCUUGUUACAGCGCUCGUGGCAAACUCGCACCCGGGGAUGCAGAAGCGAUAUGUGCAUUCGACGAGUGCGGUUGUGGGGAUUGCGGAGCAACUGAGGGGGAAGAUUAAGGGGGAUGCGGGGUUGGAAGAGGCGUUGGAGGAUGUGUUGGUUACGUUGUCGAAGCUGAGAUGA